AGAUAGUCCACAUUUCUAAAAUGUUUGUCGGCACUCGGCAGUGGCCGCCGGAGUUGCACCCUAGAGACUGGUAUAAAUUUCAUCCCAUAACAAACAACAGUAUCCGAUUUCACUAUCAUCUUCUGCCGCCCAGAACCAGAACACAUGAGAAGCUAGGCGCCAAACUCAACACAACCAUAUUUGAUCCCAUAGCCACAUAAAGGAAUCAAACCUAACCCGUCCCAUAUUAUAUAAAUUAUAUUCUUGCGAGGCCCUCCUCUCUCUCUCUCACAUUCUUAUCACUGUGAACAGUCUCCUCCCUACCCGAAUCUUCCUGCACUUUCAAAGUUUCCAGCCAUGGAACUCAGUUCCUAUAUCGCUUCCUUAUCCUCAUUCUGGUCGGAAUCCGAUUCCGGAAGCAGGAGCGUGAUCGUCACGCUCUCCCUCGUUGUCCUCUGGUACGCGUGGCUCUACUACAACAGACCGGACUCCAACUCCCGCCUCCCGCCCGGUCCACGCGGCCUCCCAUUAGUCGGCAACCUUCUCUCUCUGGACCCGGAGCUCCACUCCUACUUCGCGGGUCUGGCCCAAACUUACGGCCCAAUCUACAAGCUCCGCCUCGGCACCAAACUCGGCAUCGUCAUCACCUCCCCCUCCCUCGCCCGCGAGAUUCUCAAGGAUCAUGACGUCACCUUCGCCAACCGCGACGUCCCCGCCGUCGGACGUGCCAUCACCUACGGCGGCUCCGACAUCGUGUGGACCCCGUACGGCCCGGAGUGGCGGAUGCUGCGGAAGGUCUGCGUGCUCAAGAUGCUCAGCAACACCACGCUCGACUCGGUCCACGAGCGGCGGCGGAGGCAGGUCCGGGCGACGGUCGGGUUCAUCUACAGUCGGGUCGGGUCGCCGGUGGACGUGGGGGAGCAGAUGUUCCUGAACGUGCUGAACGUGAUCACGAACAUGCUGUGGGGCGGGACGGUGCAGGGGGAGGCCGCCAGGCUCGGGGCGGAGUUCCGGCAAGUGGUGACGGAGAUGACGGCGCUGUUGGGGAAGCCGAACGUGUCGGACUUUUAUCCGAGUUUGGCCCGGUUUGACUUGCAAGGCGUGGCGAAGCAGAUGGAGGGCUUAGGGAAGAGGUUUGACGCGAUAUUCGAGAGAGUGAUAGAUCAACGGCUGGGGAUGGAGAAGGAAGGCGCCAAGGAGGAGAGUAAAGAUUUUUUAACGUUUUUACUGCGGUUAAAAGACGAGGGAGAUUCGAAGACGCCGCUUACAAUGACUCACGUCAAAGCCUUGCUUAUGGAUAUGGUUGUGGGUGGAACAGACACAUCCUCCAACACAAUAGAAUUUGCAAUGUCGGAAGUUCUGAACAAACCAGAAGUGUUACAAAAAGUCCAGCAAGAAUUAGAGGCUGUAGUUGGCAAAAGCAGCAUUGUUGAAGAGUCUCACAUUCACAAACUGCCAUACUUGUAUGCUGUGAUGAAAGAAACACUGCGCUUGCACCCAGUCCUACCUCUAUUAGUCCCACAUUGCCCAAGUGAGACAUGCACUGUGGGAGGCUAUACCAUUCCAAAGGGGUCUAGAAUUUUUGUUAAUGUUUGGGCUAUACAUAGAGACCCUUCUAGUUGGGAAAACCCUUUGGAGUUUGAUCCGACUAGAUUCUUGGAUAGUAAAUGGGAUUACAGUGGGAGUGACUUCAGGUAUUUUCCUUUUGGGUCUGGAAGAAGAAUAUGUGCAGGGAUUGCAAUGGCUGAGAGGAUGGUGAUGUAUUCGCUUGCUACACUGUUGCAUUCUUUUGAUUGGAAACUGCCUCAAGGAGAGAAGCUGGAUCUUUCGGAGAAGUUUGGUAUUGUUUUGAAGAAGAAGAUACCUUUGGUUGCCAUCCCGACUCCAAGAUUAUCAGAUCCAGCGCUUUAUGAGUAGCGUACAAGGUGUACUGUAAAACUUUACAUUAUACAUGUCAUGAACUAAUGCUCUGUGAUAUGAACUUCUGUUAUGCACACAAAGGAUUGAUGAAAUACUCUUGCUUAUCCUUGAGGACAUCGUUAAAUUAAUCAUAAUACAUGUUUCAUUGUACUCU